AUGGAGCCAAGAUACGAGACUGCGAACAGUGAUGCCCAGGUCGGAGGCCAAAACCCCUCUUUACUCACCGACCUUCCAAUUGAUAUUCUAGUCUAUCUGCUCGAUAACUUUCUACGUCUCGGAGAGUGGAGGAAAGACAAGUUAGAAUGGGACGAGCCCUGGGGGGCGCAUGCUGCAAAUGAAAGCUUCCAAACCAUUCAAAGCCUACGCCAAGUAUGUCGCCUAUUCCACGACCUGGUAUCGCCGCUCUUGUGCAAGAGACUACGUAUCCAUCUCGAUCCACAUUCAUUGGACCAGGCUCGCGGUAUAUUGAGGAAUCGACUCAUCGCCUCUGGAGUGAGGGGCGUCCAAAUCGCAAUCCCGUACCGGCCCAAGGAGUUUGCUUUUAAUCUAUCCUCGUUCGUUAGUGUCCGACUUAAAGAACGAACACAACUGUACGAUUACAUCAUGUAUAUUCUAGACGCACGAUGGAUAGACGGUGAUCCAUAUGGGAGUGAAGACGAUUCGCAAGACGAGGAGUCAUUCACACGCGAGAGGAAAAAUUAUCAUGAUAUUCUGUUUACUUGGCGACCUCACGAGAGUAGUAACGAUCAAGAUGGAGACGACCCUGAGACGGCAAAUUAUUUUGUGUACAAGAUUGAGCCUGCAGUGCGUGACGAGUAUCAACAGAUUCUACUCCAAGGUCACGAAAUCUUCAGAGAACGACACGAAGCCCAACAGAAACUUAUCGAGACUGGGCUUUUCGUGGAGACUAUCGCAGAUUUGAUUCGCCAAAUACCAAACACGGUGUCUUUGAGCGUGGUGGAUAGGUUCGCAUUCAAGCCUCACCAGAGGAGGGACAUGUCCUUGCUCCUAAAUAAAGAAGAGCUCUUACCGUUUUUGACCUCCCCAUUCAACUGGUCGGAACUUGGGAACAUGCCAGAUCCACCACAACUUGUUCCAGCUCGAAUCUUGACUGAGCUCCCAAUCGCCAUCCACAAAUCAGGGCGGAGUCUACGGCAUCUCCAUAUCGGCUGCCUCCCAGUCCAGCACGGCUUCGAGCACCUUGAUCCAGGUACAGAUGACUUUUCAUGGGCCCAACUACGGGAAGCAUGUCAGCAGCUGGAGGUGUUUGAUCUUGAGGGCCCUCAGAUGCAUCAUCUUCCCAGUCGGCCAGAAAGUAUCCCUCUUUCUAGUAGGCAGUUCCUCGUGGAGUUCUUUGGCGCAAUCCUUUCCGGUAACAAGCUUCAGGACGUCCGUCUCAGUUUCUACUGUCUUGGUGUGAACGAUGGCAGAACUAACAGGAGAGAAUGGUGUCCCUUGGGUGCCAUCUUUCGAAACAUAUCCUGGCCGAGCAUUCAAAAGGCCCGGAUCUCGGAUAUAGGUUUCUCACAAGACGAGCUUGACCAACUUUUCAUAGGCUUUGGCUUUGGUCUUGAGAGUCUGGCUUUAGUCUCCUUUCAGUUGAGAAGUGGGAGCUGGAUAGACGCCGUAGACAUACUACACGAGAAAGUUGCUGUCCGAUACGCAACCCAAGAGUUCUUCUUUCACUUUGCGGACAUGACGGGGGGUGAAUUCGGGGGAGGAAAGAAGACGGUGGAUAUCACUACGGCUCUGAUGAUGGGUUAUACCGAGGACGAGGCCUCUGAGACCGUCCAAUUGAGAGAUCUCUCUCCCGCUGCGGUCCGGGAGCUCGACUCCUCCAACACCGUGCACGAUGCAUUUGAAGCCAGCCAAGAUGAAGGAUUAGCUUCAAGAGCGAGAGAGUCAAAUCGCCAAAAAGCUCUCGUAAUCUUGGGCACCGCCAUCUCGCAGCUGCCAAUCUGGGGCUUUGCGAUGAGCUAUGGUGUUUUCCAGGAAUACUUCUCCGGCAACUGGACCCUGCAAGGCAGCCGAGACGUGACCGGUAUCAUUGGCACGACUUCCAAUGGAGUCAUGUACCUGUCCAUGCCCUUCUUGUUCGCCCUGUUCACCAAACACUGGGCUCAUUGGCGACAAACCGCCGCCUUUGCUGGCGCCGUGCUCGCCGGUCUCGGGUUUCUGUUAUCAUCCUUCAGCACCCACGUCUGGCAUCUCGUAGCUACCCAAGGUGUCAUCGCUGCUCUGGGAUGCGCCCUCAUGUACAGCCCCAUGACGCUGUCUCUCGGAGAGUGGUUCACCACCGGCAACAGGGCCCUCGCGUACGGCGUCGCUCUCUCCUGCAAGAACAUCUCCGGAUCCGCCUGCCCGUUCCUCUUCCGUUUCCUCCUCGAGCAGUACGGCCUCGGCACCACUAUGAGAAUAUGGACGGCAGUGGCCGCCGUCUCCGGUGCCGUUUCCAUCUUCCUCGUCCCGGCGCAUCCAUCCAGCUUGACGGCUACAGAAACGCACCGCGCGCGGAGAAUGCCGCUGCACUUCCUCAAGCACAGGACCAUCUACGUGUACGCCAUCGCCAUCGCGCUGCAGAGCUCGGGGUACGGCAUCUCCCAGACCUACCUCAACACGUACGCGCACGACUUCACCAUGCUCUCCCAGAACUCUGCCACCCUGCUCCUCACGCUGUACAACAUCCCCGGGAUUCUCGCGUCGUCUUUCUUCGGGUACCUCGCCGAUACCAACAAGCGAUUCGUCCUCUCCACGACGACCGUCACGGCGAUAUCAGCAUUUGGCUCCGCCUUGUCGGCGCUCCUCUUCUGGGGUCUGACGAGCAAGGGUAACAUGGCCCUCCUGGCCGUGUUUUCCAUCACCUUUGGCUUCUUCGCAGGCGGGUAUAGCGCGACUUGGGGCGGGAUCAUCACUGAUUUCGAGCGCGAGGCCGCCAAUGGGAACGAGGCCAUCGACUCAGGGCUGAUGUACGGCUUGCUGAACGGGGCACGGGGCGUGGGCUACGUGAGCGGUGGGCUGGCCAGUGUGUCACUGCUCAAGGCCGGGACCGGCAUGGCGCUCUCAUCAAAUGGGCAUUUCGGCUUAGAGAGCGCGUAUGGGCCGCUGAUUAUCUUCACGGGGCUUUCAUCCGCCUUUGGCGGCUGGGCCGUGUUUUGGAAGUGA